UUAAGGGAAGGGUUUUGCAUGGAGGGAGAGUAGAAAAGCAAAUCCACAAAUCCACCUCUCUUCGCUUCGGUCCUUUGCUCUCACUUGAAAACCAAAGUCCUUGCCGAAGUCUUCCAGUUCUGAAAACGAAACUGAGAAUCUAAAACGCUUUUAAGGGCUUCGGUGAGGAUUUUGGUUGCAAUGGGGAAGGGUUCGAAGAUUCUUUGCAAGUCUGCUUCUCACCAACUCUUCAAGGAUAAGGCGAAGAACCGGGUGGAUGAUCUCCAGGGUAUGUUUACGGAUCUACAAUUCGCUAGAAAAGCGAGUCGCACGGGCGAUGUUGCUGUUCUGGAGGAGCAAGUACAUCAGAUGCUGCGCGAGUGGAAAGCCGAACUCAACGCGUCUUCUCCUGCAUCAUCUUUGCUUGGCGGUAGUACUGCUUCUUUCUCUUCGGAUAUUUGCCGUAUGUUGCAGCGCUGUGAUGAGGAAGAUGACGCAACUAGUCCAUUGGCAGAACCUCCCAACCCUAAGCUUGAGCCCGAUGAUCAAAGCCUUCAGGCCAUAGAUUCCAGGGCAUUCCAGGAGGAUUAUUUCACAAAUCAGGUACCAGAAGAAAAUGGGUUUCAAGGGGUUGAUCAAUGCAAAAGUGAUCCCUCGGAGGUGCAUAAUGCAUCAAUUAAUAACUUGGAAUUGAUAUCUCACCUGGACUAUCAUCAAUUUGAUUUGCAUCAAGAUUUUGACCAUAAUAUUUUCAUCGGCUUUAAUGGUACUGGUCAGUGUGGAGAGGAUGGAAUUUCUCAUAUUACUGGUAUUCUUCCAAGUAUCUGCCCUCCACCUUCUGCCUUCUUAGGACCAAAAUGUGCACUCUGGGAUUGUUCUAGGCCUGCUCAGGGGUCAGAAUGGGGUCAAGACUACUGCAGUAGCAUUCAUGCAACCCUAGCAUUGAAUGAAGGCCCACCAGGUAUGACUCCAGUCGUGCGACCACGGGGCAUUGGUCUGAAGGAUGGUCCCCUUUUUGCCGCUCUUGGUGCAAAGACGCUAGGAAAGAAUGUGGGUAUUCCAGAGUGUGAGGGGGCUGCAACUACAAAGUCUCCAUGGAAUGCUCCUGAACUCUUUGAUCUCUCUGUGCUUGAGGGUGAAACAAUUAGGGAGUGGCUCUUUUUUGAUAAACCUCGAAGAGCAUUUGAGAGUGGUAACAGAAAGCAGAGGUCACUGCCAGAUUACAGUGGACGUGGUUGGCACGAGUCAAGAAAGCAGGUGAUGAAGGAAUACGGGGGGCUUAAGAGGUCUUACUACAUGGAUCCACAGCCGUUGAACCAUAUCGAGUGGCACCUAUAUGAAUACGAGAUCAAUAACUGUGAUGCUUGUGCACUGUAUAGGUUGGAACUCAAGCUUGUUGAUGGAAAGAAAAGCCCCAAAGGAAAAGUUACAACUGAUUCACUUGCCGAUCUGCAGAAGCAGAUGGGAAGGCUGACUGCUGAGUUCCCUGCGGAUAACAAACGUUCUGUGAAGGGCAGGGUAAAAGUAAGUUUGAAGGGUGGUGUUGGGAAUGUCAAUUCCGCUCCAAGUCAGAUUGCUCCUACAAAUGAAGCUUUUGGUUAUGGUGUGAAUGCUCCAUAUGGUUAUCUUGUUGAGAAUUUCACAGACUACUAUGGUACAUGAUGAGGAGACUUAAACUGCAUGUGGAAGCUAACAGCAUUGUGAAAUCAAGAUUUUAAUAUAUCACGCUUUUCGCUGUAGAUGUUGGAAUCGUUACUAUUUCUCUGUAGGUCAUAAGUCUUCAGUUUCUGGUCUCAAUAACAUUCAGCCAGCCACAAUUUUGAUACAUGGAGAUAUUGUGCAUAUUUCAUUAUCAUCUGGGAGGGCUAUUGUAGAGUUUCCUGGAUGCUGUAGCAUCCUCUGAUUACUGGGGAUGAUUAACUUAUAGUAGAACUGGUUGUAUUUAGGUGGUGCAGUUCGCUAACUACAUGGGCUGAAAUCGACUGCUGAUGAUAGGAGGCCUCAAGAAUUGUAAAGGAUAAAGGUGCAAGUGUAGCUGUAGUUGUAUCCUUUGCAUCGUAUGGGUUAUGCAUCUAUAUGUCCAAUAUGCAGCUUUGGCAAAGCUUCUGAAAGUCUUAGCAGAAGCUUUCUGUGCUGUUGGUUAUAAACAUGUUAAACUUCUGAAUUGACAGCUUAUUCAGCUACUAUUACUACUAAAUUGCUUUCUUAGCUCAUUACUGUUCCAAAUUGA